AUGGAAGCCAGUAAUCACACCAGAGUGUCUGAAUUCAUCAUUCAAGGGCUCUUUGACCAGCCCUAUCUCCAGGGUAUGUUCUUUGGAGUCCUCCUGUGUCUGUAUGUGAUGGCUAUCAAGGGAAAUUCCCUGAUCAUCUUGGCUAUCCUCUUCCACCCACCUCUACACACUCCCAUGUACUUCUUCAUUGCCAACUUAGCUAUGGUUGACAUUUUGUGCAGCUCCUCAGUUCUUCCCAAGAUGCUGCAGAACCUGAUGCAGGAAAAGAAAACUAUCUCCUUCAAUGACUGCAUAGUCCAGCUCUUUGCCUUCACUUUGCCAAUGGGGACAGAAGUUGUGCUCCUCACAGCCAUGUCAUUUGACCGCUAUGUGGCCAUCUGUCAUCCCUUGCGCUAUGUAACCAUCAUGAGCAAACCUGUCUGUAUCAUGUUAGCAACUGGUGUCUGGGCAACUGGUACCAUCAAUUCUCUGGUGCAUGCAUUCCUCAUGGUGCAACUGGAUUUUUGUGGACCCAACCUCAUUCAGCAUUUCUUCUGUGAGAUUCCACCACUCCUGGCAUUGUCCUGCAGUCCAACCCACCUCAAUGAAAUCAUGGUAUUCAUGGCAGAUAUCUGUCUAGGCAUGGGUGGUUUCCUGCUGACCAUCAUAUCCUAUGGAUUAAUCAUUCUCAGCAUCCUGAAAAUCAAGAGCUCCAAAGUGAAACGGAAAGUCUUCUCCACAUGUUCUGCACACCUUGUUGUGGUCACCUUGUACUACUCUGCCCUCAUCUACACCUACAUUCGGCCUACGUCCAGCUACUCACUGAAAAAAGACAAGUUAGUGACUGUUCUGUAUACACUUGUGACUCCUGCACUCAACCCUCUGAUCUAUAGCCUGCGCAACAAGGAAGUCAAAGUUGCCUUCAUGAAACUCCUUCCAUUCACAAGAUAA